UUUCGACAAGUCACGCGCAGCGUGUCAACAACUAGUGAACUACAACAACAGGACAGAUAGCGAUUUUACAAAAUGAGUGUAGCGCCUGAAAGUGAUGUCUUGGGAAAUUCAACAAACCCAGCUUUAAACAAUGCGGAAAUUACAAGGCCCUGGUAUAGAAGAAAACAUAGCAUUUUUCUACCAGAAAUCAACAAGACCAAUCUUCAGUAUUUCGGCAGUAAAUAUGAAAUUGCUAAUGAGAUUGUCAGAACUAAAAAACAAGGCUCCUUUGUCAUUCACCCCCAGAGUUUGUUCAGGGCAUACUGGUUGUGGAUAAUGAUCGUGGUAACGGGUAUCAAUAUGUUGGUCGUUCCCUUGGAUGUCAGUUUCUUUGGGCCUGGUACAUGGCACAUAUAUGAUAUAUCUUUCACCGUGUACAGUGUCUUGGUGGAUUUAGCUUUCCUUGCUGAUCUUUGUCUGAAUUUUCGAACGGGCUACCUUGGUAAAAAUGCAAAGGCCAUUGUUGACCUUCAAAGCAUAAAGCUGCAUUACCUGAGGACCUGGUUCACUCCUGACCUCUUGGCUGUCUUACCAUGCGACUACUGUCUGAGAUUGGCGCUCAGCGUGGGUUCAUUUGACUCCAUUACUACUACACGUGUGAAGAAGGCUUCAAUAAUUUUGAGUCUCUUGCGACUCCUGAGGGUGUUGAGACUUUUUCGCUAUGUCAGCGAGUGCAUGGAAGGUUUGAGUAUGGCCAUGAGGUCCGUGCUGGAGCUCAUCUACACCAUCUUCGGUAUCUUCCUCAUCUGCCACUGGAAUGCCUGCUUCCAGUUCAUGUUGGCCCACCUCACAGCCUACCCACAUCUUAGCUGGGUCUACCAGCAGGGCGUCAUUGCUAAACCAAUCCACAUGCAGUAUACCAUUGCCAUGUUUCGCUCCCUGUGUCACAUGAUGACCCUCAACUACGGUUCGAAAGUUCCAAGAGGAUUGACAGAGCAGUGGGAGAUGAUCGUGAGCAUGACGGUGGGCACCGUUUUAUAUGCGCUGGUCCUGGCCAAGAUCACCGCGCUGGUCGCCACCUUCAACAUCAGCCAUCGAGCCUACGAUGAGAGGAAAAAUGAACUGAAAGUGUAUGUAAGACACAAACGGGUCCCAGAAGAUCUUAUCCCCCGUGUUUUUGGUCACAUGGAGAACUGCUACCAGGGCAGAUGGUUUGACGAGAAAGAGAUCCUGAGUGACCUAUCUGAGCCACUAAAACUGGCCGUGAUGGAGCACAUCUGCGGCCACAUGCUGCAGCGUGUGUUCAAGGGCACAGACCACAUCUUCAUCAUGGAGCUGCUGCUGCUGGUGGAGCUUGAGAACUUCCAGCAAGGCGACGUGAUCGUCCGGCCCGGCACCGCCGGCGACUUCAUGUACUUCCUGGACAAGGGCUCUGUGGAGGUGGAGUACAAGGGCGAGAUGCACACGCUCAUAGACGGAGACUACUUUGGAGAGAUAGCGCUGGAGAAGUACUCCAAGCAUAACGUCUUUGCCGAGGCGGUGACGCCAUGCCGCAUAUGCAGCCUGUCAGUCCAUUCUUACUACAGGGUGCUGGACCAUUUCCCUGAACUCAGUGGCAAGCAACUUGUACAGCCGUUUUUCAAAGACUAAAAGAUUUAUUGCAGUCAUCGCCUUUGGGACAUUUGCUUUAUUUUCAGUCCAAAACUCCUCAGCAGCCAAUUAGCCAGAACCUGUCUCCCUUGAUCACACACCCACUCACAAACCAUACUUUUGAGAAAAUUAAAACCUUUCUUAUGUUACAGUUUUAAGAUGUAAGGUUAGAGUAAUAACUACAGUAUAACAAUAGAGGGCGAACUUGAUCAAAGUAUUUAUGAAUAUGCCUUUUUUUUAUAGAAAUGUGAGAUAUGAAGUUUUAUGAUCAGUUACUCUGAUAAAUGCAUUCAUUUCUGGUGUUCACUUCAGGAAUUAUGCAAGAAUUAUCAUUUCUGUUGGCCUCAUGUUUUGCCGAAUAGACAAAUUUCAGUAUGCUUUAACCAAUGGCAUACUCUGCAUGGUUGUACGUUUCAUUUGUUUUAUAUCUAACUUAUAUCUGUUCCGAUAUGCAUUUUAAAAUUGUUGUUUUUUUUAAUCACUUGAAAGUUAAUGUCUGUCUUGAACUAGUAAUAAAAUUCUUUGAUUAAAGAAA